AUGAAGAAAAAGGCAAGAAAAGGACAAAAGCCAGAUCUUAAGUUUAUUUCUAAAGAGACAUAUAAGAAUCAAGGAAAAGUCAAUUUUGAGUUAUUAGUAGGAGAAGUGUGCAGCUCACCAUGGGAGGAAAAACAACCAAAAAUGUUAUCUGACUUAAAUAAAAUGAUAAAGAUGAUGAAAGACUGCAAGGAUUUGAUAUCUAGUUAUUUCUAUAAUAAAUACAGAAAUGAUAGUAACAUUGAUUAUAACAACAAUGAUUCAGAUAUGGGUUUGUUAAGAAUUACUGAAGAACAUCAAUGA